GCGGACGGACGCGAACUGGGCCGGAGUCCCGGACUGACGCUGCGUCCGCCCCGGGGCCGAGGUGGGAGGGCUUUUCCCUGCCCCACAGAGGUCCCCGCACUCGGCGUCCCGCGGCCGCAGCCUCCGGGGACGAUGGUGGCCCGCCUGCUGCUGCGCGCUUGGCCCCGGGUCCCUGCCGUCGGCCCGGGAGCCCCCCGGCGGCCCCUGAGCGCCGGCUCCGGGCCCGGCCAGUACCUGCAGCGCAGCAUUGUGCCCACCAUGCACUUCCAGGACAGCCUGCCCAGGCUGCCUGUUCCCAAACUUGAAGACACCAUUAGAAGAUACCUCAGUGCACAGAAGCCUCUCUUGGAUGAUGGGCAGUUCAGGAAAACAGAAGAAUUUUGCAAGAAUUUUGAAAAUGGGAUUGGAAAAGAAUUGCACGAUCAGCUGGUUGCUCAGGACAAGCAGAAUAAACACACGAGCUACAUUUCAGGCCCCUGGUUUGAUAUGUACUUAACUGCUCGAGACCCCAUUGUCCUGAACUUUAAUCCAUUUAUGGCAUUCAACCCUGACCCAAAGUCUGAGUAUAAUGAACAGCUCACCCGGGCGACCAACAUGACGGUUUCUGCCAUCCGGUUUCUGAAGACACUCCGGGAUGGCCUUUUGGAACCAGAAGUGUUCCACUUGAACCCUGCUAAAAGUGACACUGAUACCUUUAAGAAACUCAUACGCUUUGUGCCUUCCUCUCUGUCUUGGUAUGGUGCCUACUUGGUCAAUGCAUAUCCACUGGAUAUGUCCCAGUAUUUCCGGCUUUUCAAUUCAACUCGUUUACCCAGACCCAGUCGGGAUGAACUCUUCACUGAUAACAAGGCCAGACACCUUCUGGUCCUAAGAAAAGGACAUUUCUAUGUCUUUGAUGUCCUGGAUCAAAAUGGGAACAUUGUGAGCGCCUCUGAAAUCCAGGCUCAUCUGAAGUACAUUCUCUCAGACAAUAGCCCUGCCCCUGAGUUUCCACUGGCAUAUCUGCCCAGUGAGAACCGAGAUAUCUGGGCAGAGCUCAGGCAGAAGCUGGUGAGUGGUGGCAACGAGGAGACCCUGAGGAAAGUAGACUCUGCUGUGUUCUGUCUCUGCCUAGAUGACUUCCCCAUUAAGGACCUUGUCCACUUGUCCCAUACCAUGCUGCACGGUGACGGCACAAACCGCUGGUAUGAUAAAUCCUUUAACCUCAUUAUAGCCAAGGACGGCACUGCCGCUGUCCACUUUGAGCAUGCUUGGGGCGAUGGGGUUGCAGUGCUCAGGUUUUUCAAUGAAGUGUUUAAAGACAGCACUCAGGCCCCUGCCAUCACUCCACAGAGCCAGCCGGCCAGCACUGACUCCUCUGCUGCUGUGCAGAAGCUCAACUUCAAGCUGAACGAUGCCUUAAAGACUGGCAUCAUUGCUGCUAAGGAAAAGUUUGAUGCCACCAUGAAAACCCUCACCAUUGACUGCAUCCAGUUUCAGAGAGGAGGCAAAGAAUUCUUGAAGAAGCAGAAGCUGAGCCCUGACUCGGUGGCUCAGCUGGCCUUCCAGAUGGCCUUUCUGCGGCAAUAUGGGAAGACGGUGGCCACCUACGAGUCCUGCAGCACUGCAGCGUUCAAGCACGGCCGCACUGAGACCAUCCGCCCCGCCUCCGUCUUCACCAAGAGGUGCUCCGAGGCCUUUGUCAGGGAACCUUCCAAGCACAGUGCUGGAGAGCUUAAGCAGAUGAUGGCCGAGUGCUCCAGAUACCACGGCCAGCUGACCAAAGAAGCGGCCAUGGGCCAGGGUUUUGAUCGACACUUAUUUGCUCUGCGGUACCUGGCAGCAGCCAAAGGGAUUGCCCUGCCCGAGCUGUAUCUGGACCCUGCAUAUGGGCAGAUAAACCACAACAUCCUGUCCACUAGCACACUGACCAGCCCAGCAGUGAACAUUGGUGGCUUUGCCCCCGUGGUCCCUGAUGGCUUUGGUGUUGGGUAUGCCGUUCAUGACAACUGGAUAGGCUGCAACGUCUCCUCCUACACAAGCCGCAAUGCCCAGGAGUUUCUCCAAUGUGUGCAGAAGGCCUUAGAAGACAUGUUUGAUGCCAUGGAAGGCAAAUCCAUCAGAACUUAGCUUCUGGGCAGGUUAAAAGCCUCCAUUGCUUCAUCUACAUGAAAAUUGAGGCCUUAGUAGCCAGUAGGUGCUAUUCUGUGACUAUUGGAACUAAUCAUGAGGUACCUCAGCGGCCAAUGAUGUGAAGCCUGAGCUUUAAAAUCAUGGUUUUAAAACUAAACGUGUAAUUUCCAAGUGGAAUUAGAUCAAAAAGAUGAUGUGAGAUUUCAGUUUUAAGGGCAUUUGAUCAGGAGGGUAGGAUUUGGAAAAAUAACUCAGGUGUAUUUAUUGUUGAAGCAGAAAUAAAAUUUAAUUGUUGCAUCUA